AGUUCAACGGAAGAUUCGGCGUCUAUGACCAUGUACCCAGAACCUACACAGAAGAGCAGUUUUGUGGCCGUAAUAAUGGAAAAGGAAAGUACAAGUGACAUAUUUUGGCAGAAAUUUUUGGUGACUAAAUUCCUUCAGACCCUUAUACCAUUUAUGGUUGGAGGCCUUGGUUCAGUUGCAUGUGGUCUAAUUGUCAAUCGGGCUCAGAAAACUGAUCUUGUGUGUGAAGUGCCCCAUUUGAUUGCAAUAUGCGUGCCUCUACAAGGUAUGAAGGGCAAUUUGGAUAUGACAUUCACGUCACGAUUAGGAACCAUGGUAAGACUUAAAUACAAAAUUUAUUUUCUAGUUGACACUGCUAUGGUUGUGCUGGUGGUCUACAGUUAUAGGAAAGCUAUCAAUCCAGACAAUAUUGGUACACCAAUUGCUGCCAGUUGUGGUGAUUUGCUAACGAUAAUGGCUAUGUUAUUAGAGAGGCAUCAGAGCUCACUUAAUGCAUCUGGGAAUUCGAGUUUAUUGAAAAGAACAAAUUUCUGCUCAAAAUUCCAUCUACACAUCAUUGCAAAAUGCCAGACCUAUCAUGAAAGUAGAGCAGCGUUUUUGAUAUUGAUGACUUCCGUACCGUACCAAUUAGCAUUUGUUCUACUAUCUCAUGCUGUUGCCUAUGUUGCCUUAACACCACUCAGAUUGAACAUUCUGUUUCUGCUCGGUUAUCUCAUUACCGUCUUUAUACAGAGUUUCAUACUGUUGUACUUGGCAGAGGUGGUGGUUUACUCGUUGUUUCAUUUUGGCAUCGAUCCCGAUUUACAUGCGAUUCCUUUACUAACAUCUAUCGGUGAUCUAUUGGGCACAGCACUACUCUGUGUACUCUUCCUAUCAACGAGUAUUUCACCAGAGUAA